UUGAACACCGAGCUGUCAGAAUGAAGUGGCUCCAUGUGCUGUGCCUGCUACUGAUCCUCAGCACGUGGACUGUGGCGGGGCAUCCUUACCUGAGAGAUGACGGUGAAGAAGGUGAGGAAGUAGACGGUGAAGAAGGUGAGGAAGAAGACGGCGAAGAAGGUGGUGAGGAAGGUGAGGAAGAAGACGGUGAAGAAGGUGAGGAAGAAGACGGUGAGGAAGAAGACGGUGAAGAAGAAGACGGUGAAGAAGGUGAGGAAGAAGACGGUGAGGAAGAAGACGCUGAUGAAGAAGCGGCUAAUGAAGAAGAAGCAGGUGAUGAAGAAGAAGCAGGUGAUGAUGAAGAAGCAGGUGAUGAAGAAGAAGCAGGUGAUGAAGAAGAAGCAGGCGAUGAUGAAGAAGAAGCAGGUGAUGAAGAAGAAGCAGGUGAUCAAGAAGAAGCAGGUGAUGAUGAAGAAGCAGGUGAUGAAGAAGAAGCAGGUGAUGAAGAAGAAGCAGCUGAUGAUGAAGAAGCAGGUGAUGAAGAAGACGCAGGUGAUGAAGAAGACGCAGGUGAUGAGGAAGAAGCAGGCGAAGAAGAAGAAGAAGCAGGUGAUGAAGAAGAAGCAGGUGAUGAAGAAGGAGCAGGUGAUGAGGAAGAAGCAGGCGAAGAAGAAGAAGAAGCAGGUGAUGAAGAAGAAGCAGCAGGUGAUGACGAAGAAGAAGGUGAUGAAGAAGACGCAGGUGAUGAAGAAGAAGAAGCAGGCGAUGAAGAAGCAGGCGAUGAAGAAGAAGCAGGUGAUGAAGAAGAAGCAGGUGAUGAAGAAGACGCAGGUGAUGAAGAGGAAGAAGCAGGUGAUGAGGAAGAAGAAGCAGGUGAUGAGGAAGAAGCAGGGGAAGAAGAAGAAGAAACAGGUGAUGAAGAAGAAGCAGGUGAUGAAGAAGAAGCAGGUGAUGAAGAAGAAGCAGGUGAUGAAGAAGAUGCAGGUGAUGAAGAGGAAGAAGCAGGUGAUGAGGAAGAAGCAGGCGAAGAAGAAGAAGAAGCAGGUGAUGACGAAGAAGAAGCAGGUGAUGAGGAAGAAGAAGCAGGUGAUGAGGAAGAAGCAGGCGAUGAAGAAGAAGAAGCAGGUGAUGAAGAAGAAGAAGCAGGUGAUGGAGAAGAAGCCGGUGAUGAAGAAGAAGCAGGCGAUGAAGAAGAAGAAGCAGGCGAUGAAGAAGAAGACGCAGGUGAUGAAGAAGACGCAGGUGAUGAAGAAGAAGAAGCAGGUGAUGAAGAAACAGGUGAUGACGAAGAAGCAGGUGAUGAAGAAGAAGCAGGUGAUGAAGAAGACGCAGGUGAUGAAGAAGAAGAAGCAGGUGAUGACGAAGAAGAAGCAGGUGAUGAGGAAGAAGAAGCAGGUGAUGAAGAAGAAGAAGCAGGCGAUGAAGAAGACGCAGGUGAUGAAGAAGAAGAAGCCGGUGAUGAGGAAGAAGAAGAAGCAGGUGAUGAAGAAGAAGCAGCAGGUGAUGAAGAAGAAGCAGGCGAUGAUGAAGAAGACGCAGGUGAUGAAGAAGAAGCAGGUGAUGAGGAAGAAGCAGGCGAUGAAGAAGAAGCAGGCGAUGAAGAAGACGCAGGUGAUGAAGAAGACGCAGGUGAUGAAGAAGACGCAGGUGAUGAAGAAGAAGAAGCAGGUGAUGAAGAAGAAGAAGCAGGCGAUGAAGAAGACGCAGGUGAUGAAGAAGAAGAAGCAGGUGAUGGAGAAGAAGCCGGUGAUGAGGAAGAAGAAGAAGCAGGUGAUGAAGAAGAAGCAGGUGAUGAAGAGGACGCAGGUGAUGAAGACGCAGGUGAUGAAGAAGAAGAAGCAGGUGAUGAAGAGGACGCAGGUGAUGAAGACGCAGGUGAUGAAGAAGAAGAAGCAGGUGAUGAGGAAGAGGCAGGCGAUGAGGAAGAAGCAGGUGAUGAGGAAGAAGCAGCAGGUGAUGAAGAAGAAGAAGCAGGCGAUAAAGAAGAAGAAGCAGGCGAUGAAGAAGAAGAAGCAGGUGAUGAAGAAGAAGCAAGUGAAGAAGAAGAAGAAGCAGGUGAUGAAGACGAAGCAGGUGAUGAAGAAGAAGAAGCAGGCGAUGAUGAAGAAGACGCAGGUGAUGAAGAAGACGCAGGUGAUGAAGAAGAAGCAGGUGAUGAAGAAGACGCAGGUGAUGACGAAGACGAUGAAGGAGAAGGCAAUGAGGAAAAUGAAGGUGAUGAAGAAGGAAGUGGGGAGUCAGAACGAAGGGAUAGCUUUUUGUCUGACCUACAGAAAACAGUCGACUUUGAGAAUCAGUUUUACAGAAAUGGACACCUGUCUCCACAUGAAAGCAAAGCAGCAAAUGCAGUACGUGAAUACAUCGAGUUUGCAAAGUCCUGGGAAGCAAAAAAGAAAGGUGUUGAAAUAAAUAAAGAAAAGCCCAUCUCUAAGAAAGACAAUGAAAUGGAAGAGAAGCGACUCGCCUUCAUGAAUGAUCUUCAGGAUACCCUUGAGUUCGAGAAGCAGUUCUACAAGAAAGGAAUCAUGUCUCCGCACGAGGAAAAGGCUGCAAAGGAAACUCGCGAGUUUCUGACAUUUGGCCAAGCUUGGAAGGAGAAGAAGAUCCAUCUCAUGGAUCAUGGGGGACAAACUGCAGACUCAGCCAAAAAAGAGGAACGUAAACUUGCAGAGCAACUGAAAGACCUACUUCAUCAAAAGGAUGCAGGCUCUGCUGUAGAAAAGAAGGCGGAGGAACUGUUUGAGAUACUGGAAUAG